GUGAAACAGUUAUGUCUGCCCAGAGCUCAGCAUCACCCAAGGGGAUCCCCAGGAGUUCCUCUGUCAGGCCAGAAAGCCCAGAACUGGGGGGAACAUGGGAGAGACAGCGGUCAGUGUCACCAGCGUCAGUCGAAGUUUCUCCCCCUAACCGCCCCGUAUCACCUCGCAAGACUGACGUAUCUCCUGUCUCAAGGGGAGCACCACUGCACAUUGAUGAAGAUGAGCCAGCUCUGACUCCUACUAUUCUCAGUCUGGGUUUCAAACAACUGUCUGGAGAAGAACAACAGAAGAGAAGUGUUUCCCCCCACACUAGGUCACCUCCCAGAGAAAGGCUCCCGGGUGAACAUAGCCACCCUAUCAUGGCACAGCGGCAGCAGGUGUGGUCACCACCGGACAUGUCGGUCACUGAGGUCGAUUUCCAACAGACUCGACGUUCUCCCGUUCACCAUGAACUACCACGUCCAAGUGAAGGGAUGCGUCCUGACCGGGCAUCACGACCCAAAUCCCAACCAGUACAUUACAUCAGUCUGCAUACGCCCCCCUCCCGCCCUGCUAUUUCUGAAACUUCAAAAGAAGCGAGCUUUUCCACCCGCCUUCAAACUACCAGAGAAAGACAGGCGACUCAAUCACAACAACGGCCGCCUUACCAACCAUCUCUGGACCAUCCCCCUCCUCAACUCACCCACCACCCCCCUCCCCCCCAGGAGAGAAGCUUCCUUCCACGCUACAGAACUAUCUCCACUGCCAGCACAAGCAGUGAGAGGAGCAUGCCGUCUCCGGCCAGUAGCCUGGGGACCCUGCCCGCAGGCAGCAUGGCCAACGGCUCGCAGGGCCCGGCCUCGGGCCGCAGCAGUCCGGCCAGCGUGUACUUCCAGUCACAGAGGUCCAGCAUGACAUCACUGGCCGAUUCUGGAGUGGAGGUGUUCCGAUCAGGCACCCCCAUGUUCGUAAAGGACACCUCAUCUUACUGGUACAAACCCAACAUCUCCAGAGAUGAAGCUAUCGCCAUGUUGAAGGACAAGGCUCCAGGCACCUUUAUCGUGAGGGACAGCCAUUCCUUCCCAGGAGCCUUUGGGCUGGCCCUGAAGGUCGCGACCCCUCCUCCAGCAGUCCUGCAGCAGGGGAGGAAAGGAGACAUGUCAAAUGAGUUGGUGAGGCACUUCCUUAUCGAGCCCACGUCUCGCGGAGUCAAACUGAAGGGAUGUGCAAACGAACCUGUCUUUGGGAGUCUGUCAGCUCUGGUGUACCAACACUCCAUCACACCGCUGGCACUGCCCUGUAAACUACUCCUCCCAGAAACAGACCCGGCAGACCCCACCCCCCCUGCCGCAGCCAGCGCCAAGCCCGUGGAAACACCAACUCCCCAGCGUAGGACAGAGAAUGAGAUAGAAAGUAUUGAGUUAAUAGAGAUGGAAGUACAGGCUGCAGAUCCAGGGUUGCUUGCUGCCACCAGCCCGACCGUGAGCAGCCCCAAACCUGACCUGGGAGGAUCUUCAGCACAGACACUACUGCAGCAGGGUGCAGCCUGUAAUGUUUUAUACAUCAACUCCAUUGACAUGGAGUCCCUGACCGGCCCUAACGCCGUCAGGAAAGCGAUGGCAGUGACCACAUCGCUGGACCCCCCUCCCACUGCCACCAUCGUACACUUCAAGGUCUCCUCACAGGGAAUCACACUCACCGACAGCGAGAGGAAGAUCUUCUUCAGACGACACUACCCGGUGAACUCGGUGACGUACUGUGGGAUGGACCCAGAAGACAGGAGGUGGAAACACACAGGACAGAGCUCCACCUUGAGCGCAAAAUGUUUUGGUUUCGUGGCGAGGAAGGUUGGAAGCAGCGUGGACAAUGCCUGUCACUUGUUUGCGGAGUUGGACCCCGACCAACCGGCCUCUGCCAUUGUCAAUUUUGUCAGUAAAGUCAUGAUCGGCAGCCACAGAAGAGAAUCGGGAGGUAGUCAGCAAAGUAUACAGUCAAUAUAGACCCUGCCCCACCCCUACGAGGGAAUAGGUAGUGCCAAGUCAAUGUGUUGGGUGAUGCCAAGCGGUGGACUUGGGGAGGGGCAGGUUGGAGAUGGAAUAGAGUUAGUCCACGAGAAGGUACAUAUGAUGGAAAGACUGUGGUUUGUCAGAAAAAAAUGCAGCUUUUCCCUGUGAGAGACCUGCAUGCAAGAAAAGCAAUUGUAGAUGUUGGAACACUGUAUGUAAAAUAGACAAAAAAGAGAGUCUAGAUGCAAAAGACAUAGUGUAAAUGUAUAUUCACCAACCUUUCGAGGUUUUCAACUCAAGAUUGGUACCGACAAUGUACCCACUUUACAACGUGCCUAUACCAGAGCGCGCUCUGCGAACCAGGGACAAAGACGACA